AUGACUGCGCAGGCUGCCGACCUGCACCGUCGCACGUUCCCCGGCUGGCCCCUCAACGACUCGCUGCUGCACCGGCACGGCGAGUACGCGUUCCCGGUGCAGUACGACUACUGGUGGAACUCGGUGUUCCUGCACCUGGCCGUGGCGGCGCCGCCAAUGUUCUACACGGACGCGCCCGCUUCGGUCAACUACGCGGCCUUCGGCACGGCCGUGGCCAGGCAGCUGGUCAGGGGCUUCGACCCGCAGAAGGGCGCGUUCCUGGACUCCAACAGAACCGUGAGGAGCUGGAUGUCGAGAGCCACGCGCGAAGAGCUGCAGAAGAAGAUCUCGUGCGCUGGCGGCAGCUCCUCCGUGCUCAUGGACGUGGCCGCCGCCCAGGUCGCGUACCGGGCCUUUCAGGAACACCGAGCGGCCGAGCCAAGACGCUACGCCGUGAGCAAGGACAUCUCGCUGACGCCGGACAUGCUCUUCUUCGUGACUCUCUGCCGCAGCCUGUGCGGCCGGGGUGAACUGUGUCCCAAGGUGCUGAGCAACAUGGCUGCGUUUAGCCGCGCGUUCUCCUGUAAACCCGAUGCGCCCAUGAACCGCGCCGACAAGUGCUCCUUCUUUGAGCAGGCGUGACAUCUUGCCAAAUAUGGAACAGUGGUGGCCGAGUUCCUUCAAGAGGCACCAUUCGUUUGUAUGCCCAUAGCGUUUUGCAUCAGAGUUUUAUGAAUUGCAAAUAACGUGCGAUAUAUGAGUACAAUUUUGUGCUCUUUUUUUUAAAUACUUUGCCUGAGCUCACGGGGGUUGCAAUGUGGGCUUGUUGGUAAUGUAUCUUCAAGGGCAGUACGGUAGCGCGAUUAAAAGAUGGGACAAAGAAGGCACAUAGGGACAAGCGCAGUUCUUGAUCAAGAUUUCAACGUACGAAAGAUGUUGCGUUCCAUGCAGCUCAA